AUCCCAUUAAUCUCGCAAUUCUAUCUAAAUCCUCCGAUGAGUAAUGCGAUGAAGAUAUCAGAUUCACAAGAUAGAGUUUUGGCCAAGGUGGUUAUAAAUACAGCCCGUAUUUCUCCAAUAAAAACACACAACUUAACCCACAAUUAUAAAAAGAGGAGAUAGUUCGAGUCACUACAACUGGGCAAUUCGAGCAACGAAGAUAGCCAUUGGAGGAAGCUUAGUCUCGGAUCCAAGGUUGAUCAAGAACGAAGGUGCAUGUAUGCGUACGAUAAAGAAGCAAGACUUCAGUGCAUAAGAGCGUACAUAGACUUGAUAAACGGAGCAAAACCAGAGGAGCUUCUUCAUAUUUUCAUUGCUGAACCAUCACUUGAAUUAGAAGAUCCAUUGCUGAUUAAAUAUAACAACAUGGCAGAACAGACAUUGAAAGAACUGGGAGCCCCUAAAACAGGAGAAGAUCCUCUCUGCAUUGUCUUUCCGGAGCUAGAGAAUCCCCUCAAACGGAACUCAGGUUUCCUUAAUCUUCUCCCUAAAUUCUAUGGGAACGUAGGUGAGAAUCCUUAUAGACAUUUAAAAGAUUUAAAGUUGUAUGUUCUUCUAUGAAUCCCGAAGGAAUAGAACAGGAACAUAUUAGAUUGCAUGCUUUUCCUUUUUCUUUGCAAGAUCCUGCUAAAGAGUGGUUAUAUGAGCAACUUCCAUCUAGUUCCAUUAAUUCUUCGGCAGAAUUGGAAAAAGUUUUUAUUGAAAGAUUUUUUCCUGCGAGUCGUAUAGGUUCUAUCAGGAAGGAAAUUUUUGGAAUUAGACAGAAUAAUAAUGAGUCUUUAUAUGAGUACCGGCAACGGUUUAAUAGGCUUUGUUCAUCUUGUCCACAACACCAAAUAAGUGAUCAAUUAUUAAUUCAAUACUUUUAUGAGGGUUUGUUACCUAAUGAUAGAGGUAUGAUAGAUGUAGCAAGUGGGGGUGCAUUAGUUGAUAAAACACCUACUAAAGCUAGAAAAUUAAUCUCUAAUAUGGCUCAUAAUACACAGUAAUUUAGCACUAGAAAUGAUGCUAAAAGAGUAAAUGAAAUUGAUAUAAGUGGUAUUCAUAAUCAAUUGCAAGAAAAUUCUCAACAAAUUGCUACUUUGACUACUCUUGUUUCUAAAAUUUCUAGUAAUGAGUCUAAAUCCAGAGUUUGUGGUGUUUGUUCUGAUUUUUCUCAUGCUACUGAUGAAUGUCCUACUUUACACAGUGAAGAUAUUAAUGCCUUAGGGGGUUUUUCUGGUCAACAAAAUAGGAAGUAUGAUCCUUUCUCACAAACUUAUAAUGAAGGUUGGAAAGACCACCCUAAUCUAAGGUAUGGAAAUAGACCACAAUUUCAAAGUUUAAUCAAUUUAAGCAACAUGGUCAACUAAACCCACCACCUAAACCUGCUAGCCCUUCAUUAGAAGACUUGGUGAAACAAUUAGCAAACCAAAUAGGACAGGUUCAUGAUCAAGGUGUUGAAUAUCAAAAGAAAACUGACAUUCACCUACAUCACAUAGACACUCAAAUAGGUCAAAUAAGCACUACUCUGAGUAAUUUGGAAUCUCAACUCUCAAAUAGACUUCCUUCUCAAACACUUGCCAAUCCAAAUGAACAUGCUAAAGCUGUAAUACUUAGGAGUGGUAAGGAGUUAGCAGAACCUAAAAUGCAGAAUAGAGAAGUAGAGAAAGAAGUAGAAGCCAGACCUAAGGAUAUAGUUGGAGAGAGUAAGGAAAAACAUGAUAAAGAGAGCGAGAAAGAACCUGUAGGGAAGGGUAAUUCUGAUGUGAAUUUUGAUGUUUCUUGUUUUAAAGAUGUUCCCCCUUUCCCCUCUCGAUUUGCUAAGUCUAGGAAAGAAGCCAUGGACAAUGAAUUUCUAGAGACUUUUAGGAAAGUUAAAGUUAAUAUUCCUCUUCUUGAUGCUAUUAAGCAGGUACCACGCUAUGCAAAGUUUCUUAAGGAACUUUGUACUAAUAAAAGACAAUUUUUCCCUUUUGAAAAGGUUAGUAUGGGGGAAAAUAUUUCAGCAGUAAUUCAAAAGAAACUUCUCCCUAAAUGUAAGGAUCCUGGCAUGUUUUCUAUUCCAUGUAAGAUUGGAAAUUCUAUUUUUGAAAGAUGCAUGUUAGACUUAGGUGCUUCAAUCAAUGUCAUGCCUAAAUCUGUAUAUGAUACCUUUAAUGUGGGUCCUUUGUCUAAGACUUAUGUAGUUAUCCAACUAGCUGAUAGAUCUUGUUUCGGGGUUUUCUGAUAUCCUGCGGGAGAGUUACAAUUCCGAGACUGGAACCGGACGCCUGUACCUGCAAA